CUUUCCCUCACCCGGUUCACCGCUCCGUUAUCUGCUUCUGUGCGUAGACUGACCCUCACGUCGGUCUUCUUUCACUUGGCUACGAACCACCAUCCAUCGAAGAUGAUCCGAAUCGGCGCACUCUUCCUGAUCCUGGCUCUGUCCACGCUCUACGCGGAAGUUGUGCACUUUACACCGUGCCCUCAUCCUGAAAAUUACACUUCAGUUUGUACUGUACACGAAGUACGAGUAAACCCAUGCAGAGAAGCUGAAGAAAGAAAACCAUGUACUUUAAAAAAGGGUCGCAAUGCGAGUAUAAGUUUUGACUAUACCACUGAGUUCGGUGGUGAUACAUUACAGAGCAGAGCAUAUUGGGCUUCGGAAAUAGUCGAUUUGCCAUUUUUGGGCAUGCCAAUUGAAGCUUGUCCAUGUACUACUUGUCCGGCGGUACCUAAUCAAAAACAAACAUAUACGGUGGUAUUGCCGAUCUCUAAGAAGUUCCCUGCGCGAACAUAUGAUCUCAAAUGGAAAUUGUGGAAUGAGCAAGAGCAAGAAUGCUGUUUUAUGUUCCAAAUUAAAUUGGUGAAGUGAAGUUGUUGUUCUUAAAUUCAACAUAUCAUCCUUCGCAAUGAUUAUAAUUCGCCGAUUCAUAAUUUAAUAAAAUAAAUAAUAUAUUUGUAUUAAA